AAUGCAUGUGUCUCAAAGUGCCUCUCAGCAGAUUAUUGAUGGUGUAAAUGACAUUCUGUCACUGACAAACUCAAAUGCACUGUCUGCUAUUAAGAAUAUCCUGCUGAAGCACAAUUGCAAUGUGAAUGAGUCUAUUGUUGCUGACAUUGCUGAGUCAUUAAAGAAAACAAAUACGUUUCUGACUGCAACCGCUGACAAAGGCCCCCUUUCAACUACUCAUAAGCGAAACAUCUACUUUCAGGAGAACUUUCAGAUUAUUGAACCUGUGGAAUAUGUAUUCAGUAGGGUGCAAAAUCACACCUUUGUUUAUGUUCCUGUUUUGAAGACCCUGACAGCCUUGUUGGAGCGGCCAGACGUCAUCACCAAGACCUUUCCGGUGAAGGAGGGCACCCCAGGGCUCUAUGCGUCACCUUUUGAUGGAUUCAAUGUUGAUUCGGGUUUUCCUCUCACCAGGCCAAAUCAGGAAAUUAACAAUACCCAGGCCAACUUCAGUUCAGGAACUGGCAGCGACCCUCAGCGAAAGACUGCAGCUAAUGGGCGACUUCAUAAUACAAUAUCAGGACCCCGAUUUCAACAAUGAACUGUGCACAUUAUAUGACAUUUCGGAGCUCCCCAACGAGGGAGUAACAUUGAAGAUCUUCUGGGAGGUCCAAGUGGUGGACGAGGCGGCAACUUCAGUGCCCUACCCCGGUGCCACCCAGUCAUCGUCAUCAGCACCCCUCUUCGAUGGUUCUCUUCUCUCUCCAAGCACAAGCGCCAUCCAGUCAUCAGCCCCCUUCCAUAGUUCUCUUCUCUCUCCAAGCACAAGUGCCACCCAGUCGACAUCAGCCCGCUUCGAUGGUUUUCCUCUCUCUCCAAGCAUGGCGGCCACCCAGUCGUCAUCAGCCCGCUUCGAUGGUUCCCUUCUCUCUCCAAGCAUGGCGGCCACCCAAUCGUCAUCAGCCCGCUUCUAUGGUUCUCCUCUCUCUCCAAGCAUGGCGGCCACCCAGUCGUCAUCAGCCCGCUUCGAUGGUUCUCUUCUCUCUCCAAGCAUGGCGGCCACCCAAUCGUCAUCAGCCCGCUUCGAUGGUUCUCCUCUCUCUCCAAGCAUGGCGGCCACCCAGUCGUCAUCAGCCCGCUUCGAUGGUUCUCCUCUCUCUCCAAGCAUGGCGGCCACCCAGUCGUCAUCAGCCCGCUUCGAUGGUUCUCUUCUCUCUCCAAGCAUGGCGGCCACCCAGUCGUCAUCAGCCCGCUUCGAUGGUUCUCCUCUCUCUCCAAGCAUGGCGGCCACCCAGUCGUCAUCAGCCCGCUUCGAUGGUUCUCCUCUCUCUCCAAGCACGGGGGCCACCCAGUCGUCGUCAUCAGUCCGAUUAGAGCAGUGGCCAAGUGUGUUUCCACUGCCUUCCUUUUCAUAUGAUGUGGAGUUGCGGCUAAGAAAGGCUAAUGAGGACUUUGAAAAGGGAAAAACUCUGGUCGUUCCCAGGGACAUGAAAAUAAACAUCUUGGAGAAAUUGGCUGAAGUGAUGUACUCCUUCAAAGCUUAUCCAGAUGAAACCCAAGUUGGGAAAGUGGCAUCUGCUCUGGUGCAGAAGUACCCCUGCCUUGCACACCCAACUUCUGAAACGGGCUGCGAAGCUUGGAAAGUGAGCCUAAGAUCCAAAAUGGCAAAUUACCGCCAGAAGCUCCGUAAUGCUGGAUGCCGUGAGAUGGCCGUCAAUACUGGUUCAAGACAAGGCUCCCUGAAGAGACCCAAGAGAUCAGAGCUGAACUUUCUGCCUGACCAUCCAGUUGGUUCUAAUGAAGAGGAGUUGGAGAGGGAAAGAGCAUGGAUGGAGGAAGAGGUGAAAAGGAAGAAUGUGAGCUUCACUGUUUUGAACGAGAAGAUGGAGACCACGUUUUCCUUAAGAAGAAAGGAAAUUGUCCAGGAUCAGCCGCUGGUGAAAUCGAUCAAAGGGAGAUGGCCAGGACUGUUUUUCGAGCAGGAGGUUUGCGCUGAAUUUUUCCGCAUCAACCGCGUGGACCUAAAGUCAACCUUCCUAACAGCGCUGGACAGCCAUACCCAGGGGUUCCUGAGACUGUACAGAGCCAAAGCAAGCCAAGGAAAGUGGAAUGACUUGAACAUGCUUCUGGAGACACUGGAUGCCCAGACCACAGACCUGACUACACACAGACGGUCCACUGUUCUCCGUGGUCUUCCCCUGUAUCUGAAGGAGCAGGCCUCUCUUUCAAAGACACUUGAGAAAACUGGCGGCCCACCCACCACAUUCCCACAGGUGGGAAUCGUGGAAUUCACCACUGGACAAAGUCCCACAAUCACCGAUGCAGCUGUGGUGCUGGAGGGAGAAGUCGUUAUGGAGGGACUAAAAGACUUGACAACGGCAUUCAUCAUGCUGUUUGGGCUGUUCUAUGCCCUCAAUAUGGAGUACCCAAAAGAGUUGAGGUACACUUUUGAGGCAGCCCAAAAAAUCUUCCUUAACCUCGGCAAACAGUGCACCGCAAAGAUUCGCUCCUUAAAAUCGAAGUUACUGGUGUAAUCGCUUGGCGCUCGCUCUCUCUCUCUCUCUCUCUCUCUCUCUCUCUCUCUCUCUCUCUCUCUCUCUCUCUCAUAAAUGACCCCUUUUUUUGUUAUUGAAUGUUUAAAAGUGGUCCUGACUGUUAUGCCGG